AUGGCUCGCCUCGUCGCCAAAGCCCCAGCCUCGGCUUGCCGUUGCAAAGCGAUGAUGAGCGAUUCCAAGGUCCGACGACCCGCCGUUAUUCCCGACAGACUGAUAGACCAGAAAUGUUGCCACAAAGUAAUUUAAGAGCUUUCUGAGUGCAUUUUGUUGCGAAAAAAGAUCACAUUUUGAUUAUACAAAGAUGUUGACAGCUUUGUCGACUCAACAAUGUAUUUUGAGACUUUCAAUUGUAAAUUUACAUCAUUAAUUCAAGAUUACACAGUAAGUACUAGUCCGUUCGCAAAGUCGCUGGAGUGAUUUUCGCGAAAUGCACUCUGAGGAAACAAAACUUCACGUUUCACCGUGCAAUAGGCUUUUCCGGGUUAUCGCUCGUACCCUCAACGGAGUCGGCGCGAAUUUUGGGCGCACGAAAUGAAAUUGCACAGUGCAAAAAAGGAAACUUGCACUAUGCGAUGCGAAAACAGGCAAGGUGCACUCUGCGAUGCCAAAAAAGGCCGCAAAAAACUCUACGCACUUUCUGGUACGACUUGUAGCCGCAGCUGGAAAUUUGGUGCGCGAUUGCACUUUUUUUCGACGAGGCGAAUCAUCUUUGCGACGACCCGCACUAUUUUCCCGACAGACUGAUAUACCUCCUGUUUGAUUGCAAUUUAUCUCUAUUUAUUUGCUGAUAAGUCUCGUUAUCCAUUGCAUGUAUUGAUCUGGGAGUGGAGUGAGGGAGGAUUGGGCUCAUAUUGUGGAUCCGUUCUCGGCUUUUGACGUCCCGACCUUCAAGACAGCUGUUUUGCCCUGAGGGUCGGAUCUUUCCGGUCGGCUCAAAGGUCGUUCCUUUUUAUUUUCAUUUUAUUUUCUCUAAUUAUAAUUACAAUCACAUAAAUACUCAGUAAUAAGGCUGUCAUCGAUCAUUGUUGGGGUGGGAGAUAAGCCAGCCCAGAUUAUGAUGUCCAAUUUGAUGGGUCUAAUGGCCUUUCGAGCCAGCCCCAUCUGUCUUUUCUUGUUUUAUGUCCUCUGAUUACAAAAUUUACUUUCAGAUGAGCAGUUGUAGUACAUCUCAACGGUCGGAUCGAAGGCCAUUGCUUACCGAGUUAAUUAAGGAGACUUUGAGGAGAGAACAGGAGAUCAGAGAAGGUAAAGGUUCAAAAAAUAAUAUUAUAUGAGGACACUUUUGUUCAUCUUGUUUAUAUGCUAUGACUUACAUAUAAUAACGUUGUGCUGAUCUUUGCAGCCCAAAAGAAUCGCCGGAGAUGUCUAUGGAGAUCUUCGAAGACCGCGAUCUGGCUUGGCAUAGGCCAUCUUUUCUUCGGCCUGGUCCUUCUGAUAUUCGAUAUCGCAACAAAUGAAAUAACGCACACGGCCUUCGGUAUCUCUUCUUCUCUCUGUUUUAUUAUCACGGCCAUCUUAUCCUUCAUCUCAGCCCGUCGUUUGGAUUGGACUGCUCAAUGGCUGAUCAUCUUCUCCGCCAGUCUUUCCUUUGCGUUAUCUUUGGCCUUGGUUGCAGAUUGCACCCUUUAUAUGAACAGGUUGUGCUUUCCAGUUCAGACUGAGAGAUGCACUGCUUCCACUGGUUCCAUCCAUCUUGUUCUUGUUCUGAUUGCUUUCUUUGAAUGUAAGCUUUGAUUAUUUUACACAAGAUUUUUCUUUAGAGAGCAAAGUAAUAACUAAUUUCAGCGGUUCUUUGUGUGUUCAGCAUCUUUGCCAGUUACAGUCACAUGAAAGCGACGAAUGAACGGACGAUCGAUCUUAUGUACGAUAUCCUCGUAUCCGGAGAUUUCCCUCAUUUACCCAACCAAAAGCCCGAGCAAUUAAGUGUGACCACGGUGGAGGAAAGCAGCAAGCCUGUUAGUCUCCAAACAGCUUGA